AUGAUUCUCAUGGACAUCGAGAAACAGCACCCCGCUUCCAAGGAGCAAGACAAGCUCGCGGAUCCUCGACGGCCCCCCCAACCAAAGUGUAGUCAUCGCCGUCGUCUGCAGAAAGUCGUUCUCCACGGCACCGCCUUUCUUCUCCUCUUGGUCCUCGUCCGCCAUCUGACAAACCGCAACCUCCUCGUGGACGGACCUCGACCAUGGUCAUCUUCAUCGUCUAACAAGCCGAAAUUCCCUCUUCCCCAUCGUGGACUGACCAUCAAGGAGCGCGAGGAUCUCUUCCUCUCCAUCCCUAACCCGGAGAGCGCAGUUGAGGCAUCUCGCGCGUAUGCAACUCACCCCCAUCUUGCAGGCAGUUCAGAGGACAACCUGGACGCCAAAGUCAUCCUUCACUUGCUUCAAGACGAGCUAGGCAUCCGGAAACCUGACGAAUUACCCAUUUACGACGCUGGUUCACCACACUCUCGAAACGCAACGCUCCUUCUCACAACUCCUAGUGCUCCAUCCCACCCUACCGCAUGGAUCGACACUUACUACCCCGUCUUGAACACUGGUCUGGACCAGGCCGUUGAAAUACUGGAUGAUGACGGCACCGCUCUGUGGACAGCAGAUCUGGUAGAGGAUGGAGACCCUCGGGAUCCUGAUGCCCACAAGUACAGAGACGCCGUUCCCGCCUGGCAUGGUCUGAGCCGCGAUGGCGAAGUUACGGGCCAACUGGUCUAUGCGAACUACGGCAGGAAAGAAGAUUACGACGAGCUUGUUGCUCAAGGAGCCAAUUUGACGGACAAGAUUGUUAUUGCACGCUAUGGAGCAAAUUUUCGUGGACUGAAGAUCAAAGGUGCACAGGAGCUUGGUGCUGCGGGAGUUCUCAUCUAUUCAGACCCACGCGACGAUGGGUUCGUCACCGUCAAGAAUGACUAUCCGCCAUACCCCGCCGGUCCGGCUCGCAAUCCGUCGUCCGUGCAGCGCGGAAGCGUCCAGUUCUUGUCAUUGUACCCAGGCGACCCAAGCACUCCAGGUUAUCCUGCCUACCUGGACGCUGAACGAACUGAGGGCUCAAACAUCCCAAACAUUCCCAGUCUGCCGAUCUCAUGGCAAAAUGCGCAGAGGCUUCUCGAAGAAAUCGGAGAGAUCGACGCUCAUAAGGACGGAAAGAAGGUCUUGAGCGGGAAAGCCAGUGAGAAGAACGUGCGGCUGGUCAACCACGUCGACACGAAGGUCGCACCUAUAUGGAACGCAAUGGCGUCUAUUCCUGGCCAUAUCAAGAACGAAGUUGUGUUGAUAGGAUGCCAUCGCGAUGCCUGGGUACUGGGAGCUGCUGACCCCACGAGCGGCACCGUAUCUCUCCACGAGAUUAUCCGUGGCUUUGGUGCUUUGUUGAAGAAAAGGUGGAAACCUCUACGAACAAUUGUCAUCGCCAGCUGGGAUGCCGAAGAGUAUGGUCUUGUGGGUAGUACAGAAUGGGGUGAAGAUUUCGCACCUUGGAUCUCCGAACAUGUUGUCGCCUACCUCAAUGUCGAUGUGUCGGUGGCUGGGUCUCGCUGGGACGUUGGAGCAUCCCCCUCUCUCGCUCACAUCAUUCAACAAACGGCUCUUGAUGUCCCACACCCCACAGUCGAAGGCAAGACGCUCUGGGACGCUCUUGAUGACGAAGGCCCUCUGAAAGGCCUCCAGGGUGUGAACACCAGCAACGUCGAUUCUGAUUUUUUGGAGAUGUAUGCCAAUGAAGUGGCGGAGCUCAAGGCGUCGAAUACGAGGCGUCUUGGAGUUGCAAGCACUGAUCAGGGCUUUGGCUUUACGCCGAGUGAUCCGGUGUAUCACUAUCAUUCCAUUUACGAUACGCAGGCAUGGCAGGAACGUUAUGCGGAUCGCGGGUUCCAUCGUCAUGUUGCUGUUGCGAGGCAUUUGGGACUGCUGGCUCUUCGUCUCAUUGACUCGGUCAUCCUUCCUCUAAAUACCACGCAGUAUGCACUCGAGCUGGACGACUACCUCGACAAGGUUCAGAGCCUGGUGCCGUCACUCGACGAGAAGGCCAAGGAGGUGGAGUUCUCCUCGCUAAGGAAUGCAAUCAGGGACGUCCAAGAAGCUAGCAUCCUUCUGGACGUCGAGAAAAAGGAUGCAGAGGAAGACUUCCUGAGACUCCUCAAGAGGAUGCCUUUCCCAGGACGACGACUCAGGGCGAAGUGCAACAAACGACGUGCAGGAUUCCGCCGGCGGAUUGCAGAUUGGAUUAAAGGUAUCUUCGGCGUACCUCCUCCCACCAACGCUGAGCUGCGAUAUCUGAGCUUGCGAAGUGCUGGGUCAUGGGAAGAGUACCUCGAAUAUGUGGUUGACCUCGACAGACAGUUCGGGAAUCUAGAGGGUUCUAGUGACGAGGAAAAGAUCGACAACCUGCCCUUGCCUUUCCCCAUCCGCCGAUUCAUAAAGGCUGCCAAACGUGUUUCGGCUGCGAACAAGAAGCUCAUCGCAUUUGAACGUGGGUUCAUCUCGCAGGAUGGAAUUUAUCAAAGAGAAUGGUACAAGCAUCUGGGUGUGGCUCCUGGCAAGUGGCUUGGCUAUGGAGCUACCACCUUCCCCGGUCUCACAGAAGCCAUCGUUUACGAGAAGGAUCUCGUCCUUAUUCGUCAUGAGGCCCAGCGCCUCGAAACUCUACUCAGUGAUCUUGCUGCAAUCUGUAACAUCCAUAUUAUGACUGAUCUCAUCAUCGAGCUAUCUCGCCAGAAUACACACGAUUUCUAA